GGACCACAGCUUCUUAAUCCAGUCAUCUGUUGAGGGGCAUCUUGGCUCCUUCCACGAUUUAGCUAUUGUGGACAAUGCUGCUAUGAACAUUGGGGGGUCUGCAGAGAAUUUCUAACCCAUUACAAAGCGGACUCAGAGUCGGUCGACUUUUUAUUAACUCCGUGUACCGGCAGUUCUCCUUUCCCCAGAUUGUCCCAACCUCCUCAGUGAGAAACUCGUUGCUCGGAGGACUAAACUGUGCCCCUGGCUGUCCUCAGGAUGCGCAGAACCCCUCCCCUCUCCCUGCUCACCCCCACACCUCGCAGGCUCUGACCCCUCCCCCACUUUCACCUCUGCCCCUUCAGUGACACCUGCCUUUCAGCCUGAAACCCAGUCAAGUCUCCCCCAAUUAAAAAUGAACGCUCCACCCUGCCUUCCCUCCAUCGUCAGGGUUAGAAAUUUGAGGCACAACCCUGCUAACGUGGUCUGCACUCGCUACCCCCAGUCUCUUGAGUCGCACUGGCCUUGGCUCAGCUGGGGCCCCCACCCGUGCAUGCAGACUUCCUCUGACGUCACCCCUGGCCUUCUGGUGGCUCCGCCCCUCAGCCCUUCUCUGUCUCUGCUUGCUCUGGGCUCUGUCCUCUCCAGACCUCUCCCUCCUGGGCAGCUGGUCCUCUGUCUGGCUUCCCAUCUAGCCCCUUCCCCAAGCACCUCUUAAACAGGGGGACAGCUUCCUGGUGUCCUGCUCACUCUGCCUCCUUCCCUGAGUGCUUUCCUGCCAGGAUUUCUGCCUCUGUCCCUCUGUGCUGUGGACUGUCAAGUCUGUAUUUCUUGUGGUUUCUUUUAUUAAGUUCAAUUAGCCAACAUAUAGUACAUCAUUAGUUUCUGACGUAGUGUUCACUGAUUCAUUAGGUGUUUAUAACACCCAGUGCUCAUCACAACACGUGCGCUCCUUAGUACCCAUCACCUGGUUACCCCAGCCCCCCCCCUUUCUGCAACCCUCAGUUUGUUCCAAAUCUGUAUUUCUUUAACGCAGACCGUUUUGUAAAAACUCUUUGGAUUGGUUUGUGCUGCAGACAAUUCCAUCUUAAUAUGCUCAGAACUUAAUUCAUUUUCUCACCACCUUCAUCCCCAAUUACUACCCAUUAAUUCUGCUCUGACACCUGCAUUUUCAUUUUCAAUUUCAGUUCAUGGUGACAUGGCCCAUCCACUUAGCCAAACCAGAGACCUCAGAGGCACUCUUGACUCCUCCCUGCCUGUCACCUCCCACGGAGUCCACCCGUCAAUCCCAGGGUUUCUACUUCAGAAAUGACUCUCAGCUGCUUUCUUCUCUCCAUCCCCUGCCACAGCCUCAGCGUGGGCUUCCGUCUUGUCUCCGAGGCCCCUCUCUGUCCAGGACCGCUGUUCUCACCCACGUGCACCCGUUCACUAGCCACCUCUGAAGUCACUUUCCUGAGAAGCAGAUCACAAAGGCCAUUGCUUCAGAGCCUCGGCAGACUGCAGGGUCAUGCCCAACCCCUCAGCUGCCAGGACAGGACGUCCACAGUCUGACCCCAGUGUCCCUUUUACUCCCCCUGCAGCUCUCCCAGAAGCCCUUUCUCCCCCACACUGAACUUCUCGGUGCACCAGCUGGAUCGGGUCCUCUUACGAUUCCUGUGCCUAGAACGCUUCUUCCUGCCUCAUUGCCUGCAGACUCUUUCAAGACCCCUCUGUGAAAUCUUUCCUGACGUUUUCAGCCUUCCACACACCCCUGCCUUUUAAAAACACAUCUAGUGUGCUUAGACAGUGCUUUGAAAAUCUGUCUAAUUCCUGUGACUUUAGUUUUUUAUUGCUUAAGUGAGUGUCUCUCACAUCUCUGGUGUGGAUGUAAUCUGCCUUGAAAAGCUUUUCAUCUAUGAUUGCGGAAAGUGCCACGUAGUUUUAUUCUGUUAGCUAAAUGAAUUGAUCUCUGCAGACUUGAGUCUGUUAAGUUUUGCAGGGUCCUACAUAGGUGCUGUGGUCUCUAGAUGACUCUGUCAGGUAUGCCGCAGAAGCUUGGUGUCUAGCUGCUGUGGUUUGUGUUUGUGACAUAGUUACUACAGGUUGCAAAGGUACUAAAAAAUUAAUUACAAGUUACUUUAAGAAAAAAACAUAUUUUUACCAUAGAUUUAAAAAUGCUUAUGCUGUAACUUACCUGUUUACGUGUCUCCCCCGCUAGUCCGUGUGUCCGUCAGCAUCAGGAACCAAGGCGUCUUUAUCUUCAUUUCUCUAGAACUUAGCUCAGGGGCCGUCUCAUGAUAGUACAUAAUGAAUGUUGCCUGACUAUGGGUGCAAAACACUGGAUAGUCUAAUUCUAUAUUGGGACUUUAAGGUGAGAAAUUCACGCUUUGGUCUGGGGCGGAGGACAAGAUUCUAAGAAAGGAAUAUGAAAUAAGACUGCCUGUCCUUGAAACCCAGGUUAAACACUGGCAGCAGAAUGAUUUUUUUCUUCACACUUAGGGUCUCUGUUUUCUGACCUGGAAGCAAUAGAAUUGUUAGUUAAGUAAGCCCAUGGUUUCCUGAUGUUUCCUGGUUUUUCAUCGUUGAAAAGAUUUUAAAGCACGCUUUGAAUGGCUCAAAUGCCUGCAAAGUACAGUCAGAACUGUACUGGUCCUUCACAGAACACCGGCGGGGAAGAGAAGGAAAACGUGUGGAGCCUGAAGCUUCCAGCAAACAGUGACAUGAGCCCUGGGAGGCGGAGGCCCGAGACUCUGAUAGUGGCCCACACGUGCUGGGCGUUCGCUUCGGCUCCCCAAGUGAGAGAGCGGAGCCCUCCUCACUCCAGGGCUGCCUUUGCUGUGACUUCGGGGCUCUGAUGAGGGGGAGGCCCUGUCCUCCCGUGGCGUCCUGCCUGUCCCUGCGCUGGGAGCGCUCGCGUGCACACUGACCCAUUCACUCAGGUCCCGCCCACACACUCGGCUCGGGCACCACAGGGAGAGGUUGGAAGGGACGGGCAGGGAGCGACCCGAUGAAAGCUCUGCUGCGGUAAAAGACACCUUGUUGAUUUGUAGAUCUGCUUAGCUGUUUUAAAAAAGAAGUAUGUUUUUCGUCCCUUCCUCAUUAAAAAGAAAGAAAGAAUAUUUUGACAAGUGCAUCAAAUAAAAUAUAGAAUCUGGGCCAUACUUAUCUAGAAUGUGCCUUGGGCUUGAAGCUCUUUGCAUUGAGGCAGGUGUUUCCUCAGCGAUAUGGCCUGAAGACGCGUCAAGUCCUGGUUUUCACUCUUUUAUCUUUCACGCCCAAAGAGGGGCAGGCAGCAGACAAGAGGCGUUUACUUCGUGGAGUUUGCCGGUUGCCUGGACUUAUUUUUAAAAUAUUUCUUGUGUUGCCAUGCAUGUGUGUUUUUGUAUUUUGUUUUUGUUUUGGUGCUUUUGAGGACAGAUAUUAUAGGCGGUAAAUCUAUUAAAAUUUAGUUUUUAAAUUAAAGUGAUUUUCUGGAAAGUACAGAUUUUACAGCCACAGCUCUUCUUUAGGGCUUCAAGUUGAGUUUGCAAAUUCUUUCUCUAAGUCUAGCAAGUUUCACCAACCAUUUUUAAGGGGCCUUGAAAAAUGUUUGGUUAAUUUGAAUAAUGCUAAUUAACUGAAUACUUCCCAUGGUUGUAAACUACAGUUAUGAAUUUUACAUUUUGGAUGAUUUUUAAAUACUUCAGAUGCCUUCCUGACUUCUGAAUAAUUUGUGUAACUAUUAAAGUUAUAAACAGUUAACACCGUUUUAGAAGUUCCAAAGCCAUGAUUAGACUUAAUAAAAUUUCAUUUUAAAGCCACAAGUCUAAAGCACUUAAUUAUAUAUUCCAGAUGGAAGUUUUGAGACUAUCAUUCUAAUGUGCUCUUAAACAUUACAGGGAUAUCAAAUCCCCGAAUGCUCAGAUUCCUUCCCAAUCAAAAGCACUGAUCCUAAGAUGUGGCGUUCACUUUCCUAUGUUUACGUCUGCAUUUUCCGGGCUUUGAAAUACACGUGCCCAUUGAAGGAAGACCACUCCCGCCCAGUUCCUUGAGCUUUCUGCCAGCUUGCUCACUGGACUCCUGGCAGGGGCCCCGCAGGAAUUCACUGAACCCUGUACCACAGGAUGGCACCAUUCUCAUUUGGAAUAUUCCGAAUGCCACAUGAUCUCUGAUUGUAUUUUGGAUUAUUCACGUGGCCUUCUCUGACUUGCCAUCAUGACUUCCAAGGUCCAUCUGCUGACCUCCUCCAGCCCUACCUAUAAGGAUGCCUUGGCAAAGAAUUCACCAGGGCUUUGCCUGAAGAUCUGCUAUUUUGUAAGGUACUGGAUAACAGAAUUCUGGAUCAUGUUUAAAAUGGAUGCCAGCUUGACAAACACUAUGGAAGAGUUUCAGGAACUGGUGAAGGCUUGUGGUGAGGAGUUACACUGCCGCCUGAUCGAUACAACUCAAAUCAAUGCCCGUGACUGGUCCAGGAAACUGACCCAAAGGAUAAAAUCAAACACCAGCAAGAAACGUAAAGUCUCCCUGCUCUUUGACCAUCUGGAACCAGAGGAGCUGUCAGAGCACCUCACCUACCUGGAGUUCAAGUCCUUCCGGAGGAUAUCGUUCUCCGAUUAUCAGAAUUACCUCAUAAAUAGCUGUGUGAAGGAGAACCCCACCAUGGAGCGGUCCAUCGCCCUGUGUAACGGCAUCUCCCAGUGGGUACAACUGAUGGUUCUCAGCCGCCCCACCCCGCAGCUCCGGGCAGAAGUCUUCAUCAAGUUCAUCCAGGUGGCUCAGAAGCUCCACCAGCUACAGAACUUCAAUACCCUGAUGGCUGUGAUAGGUGGGCUCUGUCACAGCUCAAUCUCCAGGCUCAAGGAGACAAGUUCGCAUGUCCCGCACGAAAUCAACAAGGUUCUGGGUGAGAUGACUGAGCUGCUGUCCUCCUGUAGAAACUAUGACAACUACCGGCGAGCCUAUGGGGAGUGCACCCAAUUCAAGAUCCCCAUCCUGGGGGUGCACCUCAAGGACCUCAUCUCCCUGUACGAAGCCAUGCCCGACUAUCUGGAGGAUGGGAAGGUCAAUGUCCACAAGCUGCUGGCUCUUUACAAUCAUAUCAAUGAGCUGGUCCAGCUGCAAGAGGUGGCCCCGCCCUUGGAGGCCAACAAGGACUUGGUGCACCUGCUGACGUUGUCCUUAGAUCUCUAUUACACUGAAGAUGAAAUCUAUGAGCUUUCCUAUGCUCGGGAACCAAGGAACCACAAAGCCCCGCCACUAACACCUUCAAAACCACCAGUAGUAGUGGACUGGGCCUCUGGAGUAUCUCCCAAACCAGACCCAAAGACCAUAAGCAAACACGUCCAGAGGAUGGUGGAUUCCGUCUUCAAGAACUACGAUCAUGACCAGGAUGGGUACAUUUCUCAGGAAGAGUUUGAGAAGAUUGCUGCCAGCUUCCCCUUUUCCUUUUGUGUGAUGGACAGAGACAGGGAAGGCCUCAUCAGCAGAGACGAGAUCACAGCCUACUUCAUGAGGGCCAGCUCAAUCUACUCCAAACUGGGCCUGGGCUUUCCUCACAACUUUCAAGAGACCACCUACCUGAAACCUACUUUCUGUGACAACUGUGCUGGAUUUCUCUGGGGAGUGAUCAAACAAGGAUAUCGAUGUAAAGACUGCGGGAUGAACUGCCACAAACAAUGCAAAGAUCUGGUUGUGUUUGAGUGCAAGAAGCGAGCCAAGAACCCAGCAGCUCCCACAGAGAACAGCACCACUGGAGGGCCAACAUCCAGCCUUUGCUCACUGGGAGCCAAAGACCUGCUUCAUGCGCCUGAGGAAGGACCCUUCACAUUCCCGAAUGGGGAGGCUGUGGAACCCAGUGAGGAAAGUAAAGAUCGGACCAUCAUGCUCAUGGGCGUGUCCUCACAGAAGAUUUCUGUUCGGCUGAAGAGGACUGUCGCCCACAAGGCCACCCAGACGGAAUCACUGCCUUGGCUGGGCAGCGAGGGUCCUUCCGGUCCCUUUAUGCUGUCCUCCCCAAGGAAGACAGCCCAGGAUACGCUGUAUGUGCUUCCCAGUCCCACAUCUCCGUGCCCCAGCCCGGUCUUGGUCAGAAAGCGGGCUUUUGUCAAGUGGGAGAAUAAAGAAUCCCUCAUAAAAUCAAAGGAGGAUCUCCGACAUCUCAGACUCCCAACCUACCAAGAGCUGGAACAGGAAAUAAACACCUUGAAAGCAGAUAAUGAUGCUCUCAAGAUCCAACUGAAAUAUGCACAGAAGAGAAUAGAAACCCUCCAACUGGCAAGAAGCAAUCAUGUCUUAGCUCAAAUGGAGCACGGUGACUGUUCCUAGCCCAGAAACUGAAGGAGCACAACAAUAUGUAGAGGAGUUUAUCAGAGAUCUCUUUACAAAAAUGAGUAACACAAACACCUGGGGAAACAUAGAUCAACCAGUUAUUUAGUACUUUAAAAAAAGAAAAGCAAGUUACUGUAUUUUUUUUUUUUUUUUUACUUGAAAGACUCCUAAUGAGGGGAACUGUCUUCUCUUCCAGUCAGUUGAAUCAAAGGGUAGGAAAGCUGAAGAAUGCAGAAUUUUUGCCAUUCACACCAUAAACUUUUUAUUCCCCUGGGACUAAUACCAACAGCUUGAUAAAAAUAUGACUACAGAUUUCUGACGAGGUUGCUUCUCCUAUGUGGCCUGUGUAGCUACUUCUUCCUUAGAACUAAAAUCCCUGGAAAAUCAUUUUGCUUCCUUCUGCGGGUUUUCUGUGAACUGAGGGAUUGAUUUUGUUCCAUCCAAAGCUUGCUUACAAUGGGAAGAUACUCAGAUUCCAAAAAUAGAUUCACUUCCUCUAUAUUCCAGCAUUCUUUUCGAAUCUGGUUCCCACUGCACUACCUCAGAUAUCUAAUCAAUUAACCUUCUCCCAUGCCUUCCUUACUAGGCUCAUAUUCACAUGAGGAUAGCUACCUAGACGUAAACUUCUAGAGAUGGAGCCACAAACGGGGGUGGGGGGGUACUAAGACAUUAUCCAAUUACAGGUCAACUCACAGUUUUAGUCUCACAGUCAUAAGUAGGCAAACUAACACCUGGAAACAUAGCUAAUACCACCUAAUACAUGACUGGCCAGGUAGCUAAGAAAAACAUACUGCAAACAUGGUACUUGUCCUCAUAUAUCUACAAUGGAGAGAAUUAGCAAUUUAUGGCUUUUUGAAAGUCUGUUUAACUUUUCAUGUGCCAUCUUUUUUUUUUUUUAAACUAUUUUGAACUGAUUUUGUGCUAUACUGUCUUCACUAUUAAUAUUAUUUAGAAAUAAGCUAAUUGGAUCAGAGGCUUCAAUAAGACCUGAGAGCGUGUAUAUGUGUAUAUAUUAUGUAUAUACAAUAUCAAGCAUGCAUUUGACUUGGAUUUUGUUUCCUCCUUCAGAAAACGUGGAAGUGAAUUAAACAACUUUGUCAUUUAUACAAAUCCACAAAUAUAAAGUUAGUUACAAGAUAAAGAACUUGCUCACAAUGUAAAAUGUAUUGUUUAGCAAAAUCACAAUUAAGAGUCCUGUGAGUUUUCUAUUAAUGAAGGUUAAUGAUAAAUGGGCUCAUUUGGUUGUCUGGGCAACAGUUUACAAACUCCCAAUCUAUAAAAUUUAUCAGACUCGUGAUUUCUCUAAAAAGUUCAUAGAAUCAUUUUCUUUUUGAGGGGAACUUACCUUCCACGCUUGGAAAGCUUGGUACCAAGCAGACUUGAAAUUCAUUCAUAAUCUCAACAAUGAAAAGUUUGAAACCCAAAGCCAACAACACCAAAUCUUAAUCAGAAUACAAAGUAUAUAUACAGUGUGACUUCCUUGAAGGAUUCCAAUCAUUUAAGAAGUUUCUUUGAUGAAAGACCAGUUUCCAUCUGCUUAUCUCCUAGUGCUCAGCUUUAGUGACAAAACUAGUGAGCAGCUUUCAGUUAGUGUUUUAAAGAAUUACUUUACACACAAAUUUAUCCUUUCCUAAUUCCAAGCUCAGAAAUCCCCAUAGCAGGCUGCUUAGGUCCAUCACCUGGUAUGUAAGUUAAGAAGCAAUUUGUCCAUAUAAGUAAGCAGCAAACGUGAAUUUAUAAUAGUCUUUAAAAUUCAUGUUCAUCAUUAUUAUUCUUUCCCUCUGAUAACAGACCAAAGGUGGUACAGCUCAAUUUCUUUAUAAACAUAAGUCAUGUAACACAAAUUUUUUUUUCUCCUUACCCUCCAUCCAAAAUACAGACCCAAGGUUAAUUCCUGUGUACAUUAUCUGUAAUCCUAGAAUUCCGAAGGUCAGACCUCCCUUAAUCAGUCAAAUUAAUAUGGCUAGAGGGUCUCAAGCAUUCCAGAAUUUAUCACUGAAAUGGGCAGGAAGCAGUUUUAUCACAAGUUUUUAUAGUCCAGCAAGGGCCAAAGACAAAUAGCAUGUAAAUUAAUAUUUGCACUGAGCUACAUGGGAUUAGUAGAAUCUACAGAAAUAAUCUGGAAAAAAUUUUUGGUUUGUCAAGCCUAGGAUACAAAUUUUUAUGCCUUAUAAACUGACUUGAAGUAAGUUUGAGCACAUAUUUAUCUGUCAAAACAAGGACAAAUCUUAUUUUGUCAACAGCAACAUCACUUCUCAUUUUCUUCGGUAACUGACAUGCCUUUUUACUGACCAUUGUGAAUUUCUGUCUAAGGAUGUAUAAUGUAGAAGAACUGCAGGGGAAAAACAAGUGUACAGAUUGUAAAGGGUUUUUUGUGGGGUUUUUUGAUACCUAAUGUAAGUUUUCUUUGUGUAAUAUUUAUAUGAUAAAAGACAUUAGCAUCCCUACCACA